AUGCCGGAAGUCAAUACUUCCAUGGACCUGGGCCUAACGCCAUCAGAAGAGAUGGUCAUGCUGGAACAAAAGUACGACUUCUUAAAAAUGAUCGGAGAAGGAGCCACCGGGAAGGUGUACCUUGUCAACCAUAAAGAGGGAGUGAACACUUUUCAAAUGGCCUGCAAGAUCAUUCAUACCCAGCAUGCUCCGAAAGAGAUUGUCGCCAAGUUUCUCCCAAGAGAAUUGGACAUUCUUCAGAAAUUGGAGCAUCCCAAUAUUAUUCAUAUUUAUUGUAUCUUUAAAGGAGUCCAUGGAGAUAAGUUUUUAAUAUUCAUGAGGGUGGCCGAAUUAGGAGAUCUGCUCGAUUACGUCUUAGGAAAUGGGGAAGUGCCAGAAAUGGUUAUGAAAUGUUGGACUUUCCAGUUAGUUUUAGCACUGGAAUACCUACAUACUCUGGAAAUCGCGCACAGAGAUCUCAAGUGUGAAAAUAUUUUGAUAACUAAAAACUACAACAUCAAAUUAGCAGAUUUCGGUUUCUCUCGCUUCAUGGUAGAUAAAAAUGGGAAGAAAGGACUCAGCUCAACAUUCUGUGGAUCUUUACCUUAUUCUGCCCCCGAGAUAUUACGAGCAAGACCUUACGAUGCCAAAGGUUCGGAUAUUUGGGCUUUAGGUGUCGUAAUAUAUGUAGGACUUAACAAAUCGAUGCCUUUUCCAGACCUACCUCCUAAAAGGCUUUACAAAUUGCAAAAAAAGAAAAGCUUCAAAUUCAGGAUUAAAGUCUUGCCUCAUCUGACUCAGGACUGCUUCGACUUCGUCUACGCGUUGUUGGAACCUGAUUGCAAGAAAAGGCCCAAAAUAGAAGACAUUAUACAGCACCCAUGGUUUAUCGAAAACGGAGAACGGUUGAAGCGUAGUGAAAACGAAGAACGAGCCUACGAAUACGCCAAAAGAAAUAAGAAGACAUUUUGGACACAAAUGGUCACAGAAGAUAUUGUCAUUGAGGAUCUUCCUGUGACGACGUUGGCCGUAACAGAAUCCUCACAAAAUGAUUUCAUGGUGAAGAAGCCACACCAAUCCACUUUGAAUGCCUUGCGUAAUGCCAGUUACUUUGGACGAAGAGUUGUUCCUAGUCCUACGGUCUCUGUUGAUAAUAAAGAAUCAGAGAAAGAUCGAAUAGAACUUGAUGCAGAUGAGGGACCAGCUAUUGGGAUUCCUGAUGAACUACCCAGUGAGAAACCCCAAACGAAUGAAACUGUAGCGGUUAUUGAAGAAUGA